UCAAAAUAACUAAAAUAAUCAUUUCAUGUGCAAACGUACAUAGCAAUACAGCUCUUUCGGAUGUUCUUCAUCAUUCUCUUCACUCCUCUUCAUCAGGACUCCAUCCUCAUCAUCUCCACCAAUGGUCCGCCAGGUGGCGCCAUCCUCAUCAUCACCAUCAUCCUCAUUAUCAUCAUCAUCAUCAUUAUCUUAACUCCUCCACAGUCUCCCUCGGCCGGGUCAGCUCCUCAGACGUCCGUACUUUCAGUGCGGAUUCCAACAUCAUUCAAAACAUCCCUAUUCUGUUGAUGUCGUGUUGAGGCGUGGAUCUAUCGACGCAUCGACGGGUGUUUGUGUACAGAACGAGGCGACCCUGGACAGACGCCGCCCGGAGCUCCUGAGGUAACGCAGACCGACGCACGUCCCGGCCGGUGGCCGGGCCAAACAUUGAGUCCCCGCGAUGUUCGCGAUGUUCGCUAUGCAGCAGCGACACUCGAAACGCGUCGGCCACAACAAGUGGGUCACGAGGGGGGAUACCUCCUCGCUCUGCAAAUAAGGGCACGGCCAGAGGACGAUCUACUGUAAACAGGUGGUGAUGUCACAUUUCAGCACACACUGGACGGAGUCGCGGGCCAAUGGGGUGCACUAGUGACGCACGCGGGGGGUCCGGCUAAGGGGUAUUUAAAGCGCGUGGUGUUCGGCGCAGGGGGGUUUGGAGAAACCGCUGCAGGAGACUGAACUACCGCCCCGCUACUGUUUACCGCCGCUGCCUUCUCUCGUGACUGACUCCUCUUCGGUGCAACAACAGACCCGUGCACGGAGCCAACUCCAGACUUGGAUUGUGCUUCUUACUCGCGAUACUUUUGAGUGUGUAUUCUAGUCGGUGCCCUAGCGGUACUUGACUGUGUUGGGGGUGCCCUAGUGGUUCGUGACAGUUUUUUGGGGGUGCCCUAGCGGUACUUGACUGUGUUGGGGGUCGCCCUAGCUGUGCCUGACUGUGUGUUGGGGGUCGUCCUCGGGGGGGGGGCAGAGUGCUGAGAGGAUGCCGUGGGACGUGGAGGUGCAGCACGGCGAGGGCCGCUCGGACUACAAGUCGGAGAAGCGGUGCCAGCGGACGUCGCUGGCCUUCUACCAGGCGGUGCGCGACGGCCUGCCCCCCUGGCUGCUGGAGGACAUGCGCCGCAUGGAGGUGUUCCACUGGGAGGCGGACGGCCAGGCGCGCGCCUUCAGCCCCGCCGAGGCGCUGCUCUACGCCCUGGUGCACGACCACCAGGCCUACGCGCGCCACCUGCUGGCCGGCUUCUCCGUCGCCGCCCUGGAGCCCCCCAGCGGGAGCUUCCGCUGCUGCGGGGCGUCGGGGCCGCCGCACCUGGCGGCGGCGGUGCGCUACGGCCGCGUGGCCAUCCUGAAGAUGAUGCUGACGGCGCUGAAGGACCUCCCCUCGGAGGGCGCCCGCCGCCGCUUCCUGGACGGCGGCGGCGGCGGCUGCCCGCACGACGCCGACGGCGGGAAGACGGCGGUGCGGCUGGCGUGCGACCUGCUGCGGCCCGAGUGCCUGCUGCUGCUGCUGGGCCACGGCGCCAGCCCGGGGCUGGGCGACGGCGCCGGGGCCACGCCCCUCGACGCCCUGCUGCGGCGGAUGGGCGGCGAGCCGGCCCGUGGGCCGGCGGAGGCCCGCGGCCGCCGCGUGUGCCUGGGCUACCUGCUGCUCUUCACCCCGCGGCCGCACCAGGGCCUCCACCAGCGGCUGGCGGAGCGGGAGCCGGAGCAGUGGCGGCGCCUGGUGGGGACGGAGGCCUUCCGGUGGCUGGCCGGGGCGGCCUCCCCCCCCUCCCUGUUCGUCAGGGCCAUGCAGACCCUGGUGCGCUCCGUGCCGGCCGAGCGGUUGGACUGCCUGCCGGGUUUUCUCAAGCCCAUAGACUUCCCUCUCUGAGACGCCUGUCCGACCGACACCCUGGCAGCUAUGUAUAAUGUAUAUACGGUAUAGAGUGUGUGUGUGUGUUGAAGGCCGACAUUAGCACUGUGCCUCGGGGGCGUGCGGACUGCAGGAAGCUGGAGAAAGAAGAGGACGGACUUUGUUUGGGAAUGGUUUUGGUUGGGGUAAUGUACAUUAGAAGGCGAUGUGGUGCGACUACCUCACUGGGCGCCGGUGCUCUUGAGCAGGGCACACACAAGCCCCUCCCCCCCGGGGGGUUGGCUGUUUGUUGUAAAUAAACUCUUGUUACUAAACUGG